ACCUGAAAUGCUCUGUCUCUGAUUUCCAUGGGUUCAGAGACCAGAGAAGAGGGUGUUCUCAGGGAGCUGCAGGUGGUUGAGCAAGAAGACAGAGGUUGAAGGAUAAAGUCCAGUUCCUUCGAGACAUAAUCUCAUGCAAGCACACAAACGAUUUCCCCCCACACCUUCAGUUUUAUUGCUGGAAUUUUUCUAGCUGGGAGUUCCAAAUCAACAUCUCCCAGUUCCACCAGUCCCUUGCAGGCAGGAGAGAGAUGAGGAAGAGAGAAGAAUCAGUUGGGGGAAAGGAGGGAAGUGUCAGGAGAGGAGAGAACUGCUGGGCUAGGCAGCAAGGUAGGCAGGGGAAGAGAAGGAGGCUUGCACUAGAGAGAGAUGCAUAUCUAAAGCAAAAAAAAGAGGCUGGGACAGCAAGAAAGAGGGAGGAGAGAGAGCUAGGGUAGGAGACAGAGAGACAUGAGGUGUGGAAGCAGCCUGCAAGGCUGAAGGCUGUACCCUGCCCAUCUGCACUCCUACGGUUUAUGAAGGUGGAUCAGAAAUUCUCGGGACAUAUUCUCUUCCCCUCACUCCAGAACAAGGAAAUAGAAGAGAGAAGAAAGCAAAAUCACAAGCUGCUGCUGUGAGCUUUCAUCCCCUUCCUUCCCUUUCCUGCAUCGAAACGACAGAGUUGUGCUGUGCAGAUCCUUCCAGUGCUGUGCUGCUCCAGCCCUGCUCCCUGGGAAAUAGAACAAGGGAAGGAGGGAGAGGAGGAGGCAGCUGAGCCCAGCAGCAGCGAGAAUGUGAAGCCUGAAGAAGCUUCUGGCCACUUUGCUCAGGAAGAAGGAUGGAGCUUCCCAAAGCUCUCAGGUGCCUGACCCUGCUGCUGAGUUUGUUACCCUGCCUCAGAUGUGUGGAGGAUCUCCUGGGAUUGCAGCCCAGCCAAAACCAUUUGCAGAGUGCAGGGUCCGGCUUGUGUGGCGUUGGGCCCCUCGGGUAUUACAAUGGCUCGUUAGCUGUCACUGAGUCUGGAUCAGAGUGUUUGAACUGGGCAGAGUUUCCUGAUUAUGUCCAGCAGUACCCAGACCGGGGCUUAGGGAACCACAACUACUGCAGAAAUCCAGACAGGGGAGCCACGCCUUGGUGCUUCUACCGGCUUGCUUCUGGAGCGAUUGGCUGGGCCAGCUGUGACUGUAACCAGGGUGCUGUGCGGCUGUCUGAGGGCGGCAGGGUGGAGCUGUACUUCAGUGGACUCUGGGGCACCAUCUGUGCUGACCGUUGGACAGACUGGGAUGCCAGUGUGGUCUGCAGGCAGCUGGGAGUCAGUGAGAUAGGCACAGCUAGGAAGAACAGCCAUGCUGCCUUGGGGCCGGUUCCACUCCAUCUGCGGUCGGCAAACUGCCAUGGGGAUGAGAAGGCCCUGCUGCAGUGUGGCUACCGGGAGGCUGCAUCCGGAGCCUGUAACCAGGGAAUCGCAGCAGCAGAGUGCGUUCCUCCUGCAGGUGCUUGGGCCCCGCUGCGGCUGGUUGGGGGAAAGGAGAGCUUCGAGGGGCGAGUGGAGGUCUACCACGACGGCAAGUGGGGCACCAUCUGUGAUGACCAAUGGGACAACCGGGAUGCCGAGGUGGUUUGCAGGCAACUGGGGUUCAAUGGGACUGCAAAGGCCUUGUCGUGGGCUCACUAUGGGCAGGGCUCUGGCCCAAUCCUGCUGGAUGAAGUGGAGUGCUCAGGAAACGAGCUGUCACUGGACCAGUGCAAGAAGAAUAACUGGGGACAGCAAAACUGUGAUCACAUUGAGGAUGCGGGAGUGUCCUGUGACCCCUUCACAGAGGGCAUGGUCAGGCUGGCAGGAGGCCGCACCCCCAGCGAAGGGAGGGUAGAGGUUUAUUACAGGGGAGACUGGGGCACGGUGUGUGAUGACGGCUGGACGGCUCUCAGUGCCCAGGUGGUCUGCAGGCAGCUGGGCUUCAGUGGCCCUGCCAGCCUGGCAUCUGAGGGGGAGUACACACCCGGCCAAGGCUUUAUCCUUCUGGACAACGUGGCUUGUACAGGCACAGAGUUUUCUUUCCUGGACUGUCCCCACAGCAACUGGGGGCAGCAUGACUGCUCGCAUGCCGAAGAUGUGGGGGUCCGAUGCUCCCCUGAAACCAACAAGAUCAUCGAAGACACUGCUGGGCCCCCUGUGCGGCUGACAGAUGGAGAGAGCACCAAGGAGGGGCGGGUAGAGGUGUUCCUGAAUGGGCAGUGGGGCAGUGUCUGUGACGAUGGCUGGACAGACAAGGAUGCAGCUGUGGUUUGCAGGCAGCUGGGUUACAGUGGUGCAGCAAAAGCCAGGACGAUGGCGUAUUUUGGGGAGGGGCACGGCCCCAUCCAUCUAGACAACGUGGAGUGCCGUGGCACAGAGCGCACACUGGGGGAAUGCGUCAAACCCGACAAUGGGAUUCACAACUGCUGGCACAAUGAAGAUGCUGGUGUGAUCUGCGACUAUAUGGAAGAGAAGGCCCAGGACACCAGAAACGCAGGCUCAGCAUCUGGCAUGUGUGGGAUGCGCUUGCUUCACCGUCGCAAGAAAAGGAUAAUUGGUGGAAACAAGUCCCUCAGAGGUGGUUGGCCAUGGCAGGCCUCACUACGGCUAAAGGGGUUUCACAGAGACACUCGUCUGCUGUGUGGCACCACGCUGAUCCACAGCUGCUGGGUCGUGACUGCAGCGCACUGCUUCAAAAGGUUUGGCACUGAUGUGCGCCGCUACCUGCUGCGGGUAGGCGAUUACCAUGCAGGCGUGAGGGAGGCGUUUGAGAGGGAGAUGCCCAUCGAGAGGAUCAUCCUUCACAGGAACUACCAGUCCAGCAGCAAUGACAAUGAUAUCGCCCUGGUCAGGAUGCGGGGCAGAGGUAGCCACUGCCUCUCCUUCAAUCGCCACGUUCUGCCCGUCUGCCUCCCUGACAGGAAGGAGAAGGCUUCCAUUAACAGGCAGGCCUGCAUUAUCUCCGGCUGGGGAGACACAGGGAAGUCCUAUUCAAGAACAUUGCUCCAGGGUGUGGUGCCCCUUCUCCCAAGAGAAGAUUGUGAGGCUCGUUACGGGAACAAGUUUACUAACCGCAUGAUCUGUGCUGGAAACCUCUCUGAAGAUAAGCGGGUGGAUAGCUGCCAGGGUGACAGUGGUGGGCCACUCCAUUGUCAGAGGUCAACUGGACACUGGGUCAUUCUGGGGAUCAUUUCCUGGGGUUAUGGGUGUGGCCAGAAGGACUCCCCUGGAGUUUACACUAAGGUCAGCAAAUUUGUGCCCUGGAUAAAGAAAGUGACCAAGCUAUAAUGCAAGUCCCUGAGCUCUGAGAUCUUCAGCAUUUAAUCCCUUUUGCCCCUACAGAAUUAAAACUUUGGCCCACACUUGGGAAAUGUAGCUUCCUUCUACCUCCACGGGGGGCUGCUGCUUCUGUGUGUACCUGACAGAGACUUGUUUUGACCUUGAACACUGAGAAGAGACUUAACCACCGGGGGAAAUAAUUAUGCCUGUCUCUUGGAAGUCUUUGCUCUCACCAUAGUCCCUAAUCUCUGAAGCAGGGAAGUGGAUAUGAGCUGGCAAGACAGACAGCUCUGCUCCUGUAGCUAUCAGAAUCUUGUAGAAAAAUCAUACAUGUCCCUCUGUGCCCAGAUCGGGGGAUGGCUCUGUCAGUAUCACCUACAACUUUUGCAUGUUCACACAUUUUGGGUUUGUCUACACCUGGAAUGCUAUAGCGGCACUGUUGCACCACUUCUGUGUAGACACUAUGUACGCCAACGGGAGGGGUUCUCCCAUCGCCAUAGGAAUCCACCUCCCCAGGAGGCGGUAGCGCUGUCUACACAGGGACAUAGGUCGGCUUAACUACGUCACUUGGAUGUGCAUUUUUCACAGCCCUGAGCAACAUAGUAGGGCUAUCUAAUUCUCUAGUGUAGACCAGUCCUUUGAUGGCACCGCAAGAGAAGAUGAGAUCCAUGAGAAAUGCCACCAGGCUUUGCUGCAGGGAUCUUCGUAGCGGAUUGCUUGUAGCCACUUCCCAGACCCUACCUCUUGGACAGCAGGACUGGGUUGGGAGGAACAGGACGAGGAGGCUGCACAAGUUCUCUUCUCCCCCUGCCCAAGAGGUUUUUUUUCUCCCUUUCCAUAUCCCCAUGAGGGACUUGCUCUCUUCUGAAUACGAGCUCCACUCCCAUAUUGUCCCUGGGAACAUCUUUAUCCCUGCUAGGAGACUCCACAUGCGCACCCCUGACCCCAUAUGCUCCAAAUUCUCUCAGUGUUGUGAGUCUCGUGAUAAAAUUGCAAGAGCUGGCAAUAUUUGGUGGUUUUUCUUAAACUCCAGCUCCUGGAGUCAGAUGAUCACAUGAGAGUCUGUCCUCAUUUAAAAAAACCUGAACGUAUCUAGUCAUCAUGGUUGCAAAGGGAAGCUUGAAAAUGUGACCACCAAAGGCUGAAAACCCAUAAGGUAAACAACUUCCCACCCAAUCUUGUUAAAGCCACGCUCAAAUGUUUGGGUCAUGAUUUGGCAAUACCUCUGUCUACCUGAGGUAAACCCCCAUCCCCUUAGCACCUCACAGUCUUUAGUGUAUUUACCCCUGUGAGGUAGGGAGAGACUGUUAUCCCCAUGGGGGAAAGAAAACAGAGACUAAGCGACAGAAAAUCUGUAGCAGACUUGAACUGAGGUCUCCUGUAGCCUAGCCCAGUCCCUUACCCAUUGGACCAUCUGUCCUCUCUACUUGUUUUUGCAGCAUGAUCCUUUUCAUCCCCCUCAGGAAUCAUACGGCCAGUUGGUAUAAAUUGAUGUAGCUGUAUUGCUAUAGCUACACACUAUGGAUCUGGCCUAUGGUCUCAUUAUGAAUAGAAUUCAUGUGAUCUUAAGAGAAAAGAGGGGUUGUGAU